CGAAGUGACUAAAUGCAACCAACAUCACUAACCAAAAUAUAAUUUCCGUGGAUGGGUUUUGUUUUCUGAAAAUGUUUCGUUUUGCGAUUUCUGCUGUUCGCACUAUACGGCCUUUUACGGUCCCUUUCAAUGCUGCCAAGAUUAUUUGUCACAACUCAAGGAGUUAUGCGACUAUCAAGAAUGUACCCAUUUUACCCAACACAGUUUUACAACCGAACUCCUUGCUGAAAAACAAACAGAUCUUGGAUAUAUCAAAGAACUUGAAUGCUGUACCUGUUAGAACUGUGACUAAAUUCAGUUUGAAAAGUGGUAAACGGAAGACUGUGAAGGCAGUUGUGAGGAGGUUCUUAAGAUUGAACUGGGGAUGUUGGAUAAGAACCAAGGUUGGUAAACAAAAAAGGAUGUGGAAAAAGAAUCCGGCACAGAAAAGGCGCCUAAAGCAACAUGUCUUUUGUAAUGCCACUCAAAGCACAUUAUUAGAUAAGAUGGUAACCAAAUUCUGGAAGAAGCCCAAAUAUUAUGUUGAGGAUCCUUACGCUCCUUACCACACUAGAGAAGAAUUCAGUAUCACGAGGAAGAAGCCUUUUGUUAGACAAUAGUAUUCUCAUUAGAAAAGUUAGAAUAAAUAUUAUUUAGCAAUAAAAUAAAUUAUUCAUUGUUUA